AUGGAGUAUGUGGAGCUAUUGAAAGAUAUGUGGUCAUUCAUUUCUAAUUACUUCAACUACCACAAAAUUCUUAAUGAGAAUCUCACAACUCUAAGAGAGAAAAGGAGAAGACUCGAGUGUCGAGAAGAAGAUAUCAAUACUAAGUUAGAAAAUGCACAGUACAAUCGUCGAAAGAAGGCAAAGAGAGAAGUUGAAAAUUGGUUGAUGGAAGUGCAACUUGUGAAAGACGGUGCACAACAGAUAGAGCAGGAAGCUGGAGAGAGAAGAUAUUUUUCAAGAUUAAGUUUCCUAAGCCAAUUUGAAGCGAAUACGAACAAGGUAGAUGAGAUGUUUGAGUUGGGGAAUUUUCCUAAUGGGAUUUUAAUUGAUGUACAUCAAGAUGAAGGAAAUGCAUUGUUAACAACACAGCUAAUAGGUGAAACUACAACCAAAAGAAAUUUGGAGAACAUUUGGACAUGCUUAGAGAAAGGUGAAAUCCAAAGCAUUGGAGUUUGGGGAAUGGGAGGGAUUGGCAAAACAACUGUCGUUACUCAUAUUCACAAUCGGCUCUUGGAAAAUAGGGACACUUUCGGCCAUGUCUAUUGGGUGACUGUAUCAAAAGACUCCAGCAUUCGUAGGUUGCAGGAUGCUAUUGCUGGAAAAAUAAAUUUAGAUUUCUCAAAAGAGGAAGAUGAAAAGAUAAGAGCUGCUUUAUUAUCAAAAGCAUUGCAAAGGGAAAAGAAAUUUGUUCUUGUAUUAGAUGAUGUAUGGGAAGUUUAUGCCCCACGGGAGGUUGGAAUUCCAAUUGGAGUUGAUGGAAGAAAACUGAUCAUGACCACCAGAUCAAGGGAUGUGUGCCUAAGAAUGGGAUGCGAAGAAAUUAUCAAAAUGGAACCGCUUUUUGAGGAAGAAGCAUGGGAGCUUUUCAACAAAACACUUGGGCGGUACAAUGCACUGAGUUAA